CGCUCUGUCUGUCUGCCCAACCACAAUGAACAUGAAGAAUAAGAAAAAAGAAAGAUAAUCCAAUCUUGCAAGACAAAGGGGCCAAUGGGUGUGGGAUUUUUGAAGGUUUUGGUUGUGGAUGACGAUGCUACUUGUCUAACUGUAAUUGCAGCUAUACUUAGGAGUUGGAAAUAUGAAGUUGUGACGGUAAAACAUCCGAUUGACGCCUUAUCUAUUCUUCGAGUGAAAAGAGGACUAUUUGAUCUUGUUAUAACUGACAUUCACAUGCCGGAUAUGGAUGGAUUUCAAUUACAGAAGCAAAUAGAAGAAGAGUUCAAACUACCCGUUGUUAUGAUGUCGGCUGAUGACAGAGAAACAGUAAUAUUAAAGGGCUUGGCGAGUGGAGCUGCAUAUUUUAUAGUGAAACCAGUCAACCUCCAUGAACUCAAGAAUAUUUGGCAAUACGCAAUGGCCGUGAAGAGACGUAAAUCCAUGGAGGGGAACAACAUCGAGGAGAAAAUCAACACGAGCAGCAGUGCUCAAGAUAUACCAAUGGUAAUUCAAAAAACAUCAUCUAAUGGUCAAGAAGGUGUAGACUCAUCGUUAUCUGUGAAUGAUCAAGAAGAACAAGAUACUAAUAAUAAAAGGGUUGGCAAGAGAAAGACACAGAGGAAUAGAGUUGGAGAAGAAGAAAAGGGUGAUUCAACUCCGAAAAAGAUCAAAGUAGUUUGGACAAAUGCACUUCACGGCAAGUUUCUUGAAGCAGUAGGAAAAAUUGGACUUGAGAAGGCAGUGCCAAAGAAAAUACUAGAGCUCAUGAACGUUCCAGGAUUAACUCGAGAAAAUAUAGCUAGCCACUUGCAGAAGUACCGAAUGUUCUUGAAACGAGUGUCUGAUGCAAGCAAUUCAUUCGAGCAACAACAAAUGAGAGCCUCAUUAAUCCAACAAGGGCUCCCGAGAAGCCUCCCAAUUAUUAAUGCAGCUUCCACACUUGGCUCCACAUGUUUUCUUAAUCGUCAAGCUUCUAAUAGCUACUCUAUAUCUCAUCAAUUUGGAAAGGGACAGCCAAAUUUAAUAACUAAUCAAACAACAUUUGGCAACAUAAAUUCCCUUUAUGAAGCCAUUAAUAGCUCGAGCAUGCAAGUAGAACCAAGCAACAUUCAAGCAUGUUCAUCAUUUCGAGGAUAUUCUCCACUGAGUAGGCUAAUCCAUGCUGGUACAAAUUCAACCCAAAUGUACCAACAAAUGCAAUUUCGAGCAAGACCUGAACAUUUAAAUGUUGGUGGCUUAUCUGGCUUGAUUCGUUCAACCACAUUCAGAGGACUUCAUGGUCCAAAUCAUCAUAUUCAAGGCAACGAAAACAUAAGAUCAUUUGAGAGUCCUAUCUCAAUUACAAAUUUCAUGAAUCCCAACAAAAAUAAUUAUGUUGGAAUUCGGAUGACUACUAAUGGAGAGCUAGUGGAAUCGAGUCGUCCGAGAGUUGUUGAGAGUGAAGCAUCAAAUGGUUCCAUUAAUGGUAACUAUGGUUUGAUUCAAAACAACACCAUGACCACUAUGCAACAUACAGGGAAUGAGAAGUAUAAUACUAAUCAUGUGGUUCAAGAAGUAUCCCCUUUUGCUAUGACCAAUAGCGCAAGUCAGUUACCCGAAGGAUUUGCAAAUGUGAUUCAACAUGGAAGUGUCCCAGGCUUGUUGCCACAACAACAACUAAGUAUAUAUCUUGGUACCAGUAAGGAAGGGAUAGACAACCAUAACUAUGAUUUAAAGCCUAGUGGUGCUCUUAAUGACAUCUUGGCGCAAAUUGAUCAUUCGCCUAAUGAGAAUCAAGAAAGGGAAGAAGUUGUGAAUCCUGCCCUCUCAACACCUACCUCAUAUCGCGUCGAGGAAAACCCUUCUAUUAAUGAGCAAGGCGGUCCUAGCACUUAUGAGAUAGAGGAUUAUUUCAUGUGGUUCGAUCAAUACUUAAAUCAGGGUGGUCAUGAGGAAUUGAAGGAGCUUGUGUUUGGUUCUGACUUCAAUAACAAGGAAGGAUGAUGACUUGGUGGGAAAGUAACUAAUGCAGCCAUAAAAAUUUGUUUGGAUAUUGUUGCUUCUGUGUGGCUCAGAGAAAUUUAAGAAUCUCCCAUAUACUAGAAUUGUCUAAAUUGUUUUUGUAAGGUUGU